AUGAACUUGGCCAAGGGCCCCGAACGGGACCACCUUCAUCCUGCCUGCGCUGCACUGGGCGCCGUCUUGAACGGCAGCGGCGGCGAGGCAUCGGGCUCCCGCGGCUCCCUUGCGGCCCCCAGCCUCCGCCUGGGCUUCGACAUCGCCCUAGAAUGCAAAGUCAUCGUGCGCGUGGCCUCUCGCAGGGCCAAGUUUCAGGCCGAGCUGCGCAGGCUUCAAUCGAUCGAAGCAGAGCGCGCCUGGAUGCUCGCGCUCGCCUGUGCUCGCAGUCCCCCGAUGCCUCCGCCCGUGCUCUGCCUCUCUAUUGGGGCCAAGUCUGUCGGCGUCGCGAGGCAGGGCCUCGACUGCGCGGGCGACAUCGACGCCCGCCUCGCCGUCAUGAACGAUUUCGGGGCCGAGUUUGACUGCGAUGCGCGCGUCCUGGUCCACGGGUGCCGUUCCAGUCUCGCCGGCCCAUCGCGCGCUCCAGCGAAAUCUACCCACGGCUACGCCGACGACCUGGCGGUCGUCGCCAGGGACUUCUUUUCCUCGCUGCCCACUGUGCUCAGAGAGAUGAAGAAGGUUGCUCCUGAGACUGGUUUGGUCGCGCGCCCCUCCGAAACCGCGAUCGCCAUUCCGCGGCAGUUUGAGCUUUCGGAGAUCAGGGGCAAGUUUCAAAAACACGGGCUGAAGGUUGAUAGGUUCCAGGCCGCGCAUCCUGGGAAGUACAUCGUGAUAACCAUUGUCAUUGGCAGGACGAAUCCUGGGGACAAGCGGCUGCUCGAUGAGUACGCGAUCGGGCAGACCUUGGGCGAGGGCGCAUUCGGCGUUGUGUCCGAGUGCACGCACCGCUCAACUGGGCUCGAGUACGCGGUGAAGAUGGUCGACAAGGUUGAGACGCCCGUGGAUCAGAUCAGAAAGGAGGCAGCUUUGUUGGAAAGCCUGGAUCACGAGAACAUUGUCCGGGUCCAUGGUGUUUACUAUGAGAGGUGCUUCAUUUGCAUUAUAAUGGACAAGUACAGUGGCGGCGAUCUCGUGGAGGGCCUGCAGAGGCAACUGAAGGAGCGGGGCCCGAUGAAUUGCGACCACAUCGUGCACGUGUCGCGGCAAAUGGGAGCCAGCGUUCAGUAUUUGCACAUGAAGUUGACCGUCCACCGCGAUAUCAAGGGCUGUGCGGGCGGAAGAGCGGCGAGAUUCGUCAAGAAUGACUCGGCGGUCUUCCUCUUCGGCGCCUGCGCGGUCGGCGCUGCGGGCACGGAGGCGGACCUCACUGACCGAAAGGAUUUGAUGGACCCGGAGUGCAAAGUCGUGCUCACAGACUUCGGCACCGCCACGCGUGUGGCCGCCGACGAGCGGUUGAGCGCCGCCGUCGGCACCAAGAUAUUCUGGGCACCCGAGUUUUUCGACAGGAACUACAGCCUGAAGGUGGACGUGUGGGCGAUGGGCGUCAUCAUGUACGGCCUCGUGAGCGGACGCUUCCCCUUCGUGGGCGAGGCCGACGUCCGCGCGAAGGAGCUGAGGAUGUCGAGGCGGAUCGCUCGGCCCUGCCAGGACUUCAUCCGGAAGAUCCUGGAGAAGACGGAGGCUGCGCGGCUGUCCGCGGACCAGGCGAUGAGACAUGACUGGUUCUGCGCGCGCAGCCGCAGCCGCUCGAGCUCGGGUCAGGCCGGGGCGGGGGACGGCCGACCAGGUGUCGUGACAUCGGACGACGACGGCCCUACUCAUAACAUGAGGGCUGGCAGCACGAACGACGGCAUCAAGGCGAGACGAAAGGAACUGAUCGAUCGGCUGAACAAGGAGCACAACAUCCUCGGCAGCCAGAAUGGAUUUGGAAACCAGCUCACGCUGAAGCCGCCACGUCACCACGCCGAUGGGGACCAGUUCGUUCUCAAAGACAAGGCGAAUAAUCGUACGGUCUACGUGUGGAUGGACAGGGCGAGGCAGAGGGCAAGUAAGAUCCCAGACACCCAGAGGAAGGCAUCUUCCAAGUCGCUGCUGAAAGAGAACGGCUUUGACGUCCACAUGGUAUCCAACAUAUUGGAGGAUCAUAACAUCGAUAUCAGCGCUUUCGGAAGAGGCGAGGCGAAGCCACUGUCUCAGCUGGCCGCAGAGGUCGACAGUGGAGCCGCCCGGCUCAUGCUGGACGCCACCCAGCACAAACAAUUGGUGCGCGUGUGCGACAUCGUUGAGCUCAUACUCAGAAGUGGUGGCGGCGAGCGCAUCCUGAUCGAGACGGGGGAAGAACUCUGCCACGGCGGCAAGCGCGUCACCAACCGACUGCCCAGCGCGAAGAAGGAGCCCCACCAGAGCACGCGGCAGGUCGCCGAGAGGAUCUUGAAGGAGUUUCUCCAGCUCGACCCCGAGGGCGUAAAGUUUGAUCUUGGGAGGAUCGAGCGGGUGGAGGAGGAGAUCGAAUCUCAGUCAUAUCCGGGCAUCAGGUCUGUCCACCGCAAGGAGCUUGUGGCAGGCACGUUCUCCACGGCAGACGCGGCUGUCCUCGCCAAGGUUGGGUUGCCCUCGUUCAGCGCCUGGCAUGCCACCGACGCUGAGGGCAACACCAAGCUCUUCGGCUGGAUGACCAGUGGCGAGUGCGACGACAGGCAGAUCAAGCUGCAGCCAGAGGCCCAGAAGGUCUCGACGCUGGUGCGGGCACCCAUCGGCCUCGGCGAGGAAGCGCUCCGCAGGCGCCUCACAAACUGUGGUGUCGAUGCCAGCAAGUUCGGCGCCGACGGCGCAAAGACCCUGAAGGAAUUCUCAGCAGAGCUUGUUAAGGGGGAGUCCGCAUUGCUGGAGGACUCCUCCGGCAGAGUGGUGCGGAUUGUGGACGUCGUGGUUGUGGCCAUCUCAAGGAACGGGGGCAGCGAGCUGCUAGUGCAGACCGAGCAGAUCAGCUCGAACGGCACCAGCAAGACGCUGAACCGGCUCCCCGGCGCGAAGCGCCGCCCCGACGAGAACCACUUCCUCAGCGCGCGCCGCAUCAUCCGAAGACAGCUCGAGAUCGACGACAACAGGGUCGCCAUGGACAGGGCGGUCCAGAGCGUCGAGGAGGAGAUGCACUCGCCGUUCUAUCCCGGCCUCAUGACCGUGUACCGCAAGCGGCUCGUGAGUGGCGGCAUGCGGACGGAGUGA